AUUAGAAUCCACUCAAAAUACGUACUCAAAAGAGCUCUAAGAAAAAGUGUUUAUAUUUUUAUCUAACUUCGUAUUCUCAAACAAUUUAUUCCCAUAAUAGAUUACAAGAAGACUUUAGUUUAAAUUUCAUCAAGAAGCAUCAAAAAUUAUAUUAAACUUCGUUAUUAAAUUAUUAGAAUUAGAAUGAGUGGCUCACCGAGUAAACCGAAUAAUAGACACUAGAAAAAUACAGAAUAGUUGAGUGGGUUUUUGUUGACACAACGACGAAAAGACAACUGUCACUUUGCCAUCAUCACUCAUCAGCUCAUCAGCAUCAGCAAAUACAAGUCUGGAUCGGAUCGGUUCCGGUUGGUCGUUGGUCUUGGUCAUUUACCCGGUUGUUCAAGCUGCAGAUUCUUAACUAGACCAUUCAUUUUGGUCAUGAAGUGUGUCUUCUUAAUAAUAUGUGCCUGCUUGGUGAACUUCAUCCAGGGGUUCUAUGUCCCCGGAGUGGCCCCAGUAGAAUUCGUAAAAGGACAAAAAAUCGAUGUGAAGGCGGUGAAGAUGACAAGUAGUCGAACUCAACUUCCGUACCAAUAUUACUCACUUCAGUUUUGUCUUCCGAAAAAUGGUACUUUAAUUUACAAAUCCGAGAAUCUUGGCGAGGUCCUUCGAGGUGAUCGAAUUGUCAACACUGCGUAUGAAGUGCGAAUGGCUGAAAAUAUCAAUUGCAAACUCCUUUGCAACAAAAAAGACCAACCAAUGAAUUGGGACAAAUAUCAAUCAGCCAAAGUUGCCGAACGAAUUCAACAUGAAUAUUUUGUGCAUUUACUUGUCGACAAUCUACCAGUGGCAACAAGAAUCAUGAAUCCAACAACAGGUGAUGUCACCUUUGAGCACGGCUAUCGUCUUGGCCAAGUCGAAGGCAACAACAUUUACAUCAACAAUCACCUGAAGUUUAUUCUCUCCUACCAUAUGCAUACGAAGAAUAAAUAUAGAGUUGUUGGAUUUGAGGUUGAGACAACUUCUCUCUCGUAUAAGGAUGUUAAAUUUGAAGGUGAUACUUGUAAUUUCCCAGAUACUCGUCGGCAACAACAAGUUUUUCCCAACACAAAUACUCAACUUUAUUUUACAUAUUCUGUCGAAUGGAAAGAAUCGAUAGUGAGCUGGGCAUCACGUUGGGAUAUCUACUUGGGCAUGAAUGAUGUGCAGAUUCAUUGGUUCAGUAUAAUAAAUUCCUUAGUAGUUGUAUUCUUCCUUUCUGGUAUUCUAACAAUGAUCAUGAUUCGAACAUUACGACGAGAUAUUGCUCGUUAUAAUACGGACGAUAAUAUUGAAGACACACUCGAAGAAACUGGAUGGAAACUUGUACAUGGUGAUGUUUUUCGUCCACCUAGAAAUAGUCGACUCUUUUCCGCUGUUAUUGGAAGCGGUAUACAAAUUUUCUUUAUGGCACUUAUUACGAUAUUUUUUGCAAUGCUUGGAAUGCUUUCACCAUCAUCUCGAGGUGCACUGAUGACGUCGGGAAUAUUUAUGUAUGUUUUUAUGGGAACAAUAGCAGGCUACUUUUCAGCAAGGCUUUAUAAGACCAUGAAAGGACGUGAAUGGAAGAGAUCAGCAUUUCUUACUGCUACACUUUAUCCGGGAAUUGUUUUUGGAACCGGAUUCAUUUUGAACUUUUUCAUUUGGGAUAAGCAAUCAAGUGGUGCUGUGCCUUUCAGCACCAUGGUUUCUCUACUUUUGCUUUGGUUUGGCAUUUCAGUGCCCCUCACAUAUCUAGGAUACUACUUUGGAUACAGAAAGCAAUCCUAUCAACAUCCUGUAAGAACGAACAUGAUUCCUAGGCAGGUUCCCUCACAACAGUGGUACAUGAAUAUUGUUUUAAGUACUCUUAUGGCGGGUGUGCUUCCCUUCGGGGCAGUUUUCAUAGAACUUUUCUUUGUGUUCACAGCAAUAUGGCAAAAUCAGUUCUAUUAUCUGUUUGGAUUCCUAUUUUUAGUUUUUUGCAUUUUAGUAGUGAGCUGUGGACAGAUUUCUAUUGUGAUGACCUACUUUCAACUUUGUGGAGAGGAUUAUCGAUGGUGGUGGCGAAGUUUUAUUGUGUCCGGAGGUUCUGCAGCAUAUGUGCUCUUCUAUAGUAUAUUUUAUUUCUUCACAAAACUGGAGAUAACUGAAUUUAUACCCACUUUAUUAUAUCUGGGUUACACAAGCCUUAUGGUUAUAACAUUUUGGUUACUUACAGGAACAAUUGGUUUCUUCGCAGCGUAUAGUUUUAUAAGAAAAAUUUAUGGUGCAGUUAAAAUCGAUUAAAUCUUAUGGGUAGUUCUCUAAUCUCAAAACAUCAUUAUUAUAAUUAUUAUAUUCUCUUUUAUGUAUUUCUAUAUAAGUAACAUUCAACUGUGUAUACAUUUAAACUAAUUUUGAUUUUAUGGACUGUAAAAAAAACACUAGUAAGUUAAAGUAGUUUUUAGUUGUUUUUUUCUCUGUUGGCCGUAACCAAAUUAGCUUUGUUCAAUUUGAAUUAAAAAACAAAAAAAACUUUCAUUCAAAUAAAAUUAAUAUAAAUAGGCAUUAUAAGUUAUUUUUAACUUUAAUAAUUAUAAAUAACACAAAUGCAUAAAUAAUAAUAAUGAUAAUUUAAUUAAAAAGAGUUUUUGAUAUAA